CCCCCUACCUCGGCAAACGCCUCCCCCGCCUCUGCACGCGCCCUCGGAGCCCAGCCUGCCUAGGGUGCGUAGGAUGCCCAGACGCAAAACUUGCAAACAGACCCGGGGGUCCCUAGCCUGGGUCUCCGAGCAGGAUCUCGGUGGAGACUCCGGUCUUUUCCAAUGACCUUGCCAAAUGCAAAAAUCUGCCUUUAACUUAGUGGGAGUAUCGGCUGCCCAGAAGACUGACCCGAAUUGGGGGUAAAGUGUGGUGAGGGUGGCGAAGAAACUGUCUCUGAAGGUGGGAAAAAGAUCUCCAAGCCGCUGAUGGAGAAGAAGCGACGGGCGCGCAUUAAUGUGUCGCUGGAGCAGCUCAGAUCGUUGCUAGAGAAACACUACUCGCACCAGAUCCGGAAACGCAAGUUGGAGAAGGCGGACAUACUGGAGCUGAGCGUCAAGUACAUGAAAAGCCUUCAGAACUCGGUGCAAGGGCUCUGGCCGGUCCCCAGCGGAGCCGAGUACCCGUUCGGCUUCCGCGGCUGUCUGCCGGGCGUUAGCCAACUUCUGCGGCGCGGAGAGGAGGGCGGCGACGGCCUGCGCUGCCCCCUGGCGCACGAGCGCGCGCGUGGCAGCACCAUGGACAGCGCCAGUCCCGGCCCCGAGGCGCCCGCGCGGCGCGGCCCCGGCGCCCCCCCAGUUUGGGCCCCUGAUCCGGCCGCCGGCGGCUCGCGGUCCCCGCCACCCCGGCUCCUCUUCUCUGGAGGUCUCCCCGGUCAGUCCACCAGCAUCCCCGCGCCGCAGUCGGCGUCUCGCCGCUUCGCCGAGAACCCGGGGCCAGGGCUGCGCUUGUGGCGGCCCUGGUGA